AAAAGCGGGGAAAGAGAGAUUAUAAAAGGAAGAACGUGGGCGAGUUAGGGAAGGUAAGCUCGGUUUUUGAGAAGGGAGUAGCAGUGGAACGGAAGAGCUCUUCAUUCUUCUUGGUCCUUCUGCUUCUCCUUGGACUGGAUUACUCGAAGGAAGCGAAGGAGUUGGUGAGCUCGUGGGUGUCGGGAUUUCUCCGGCAGCAGGAGCCGCAGAUGGAGAGGCGGGGCUAUGGGAGCCCCGCGAGCGUGCGGUCCUGGGGGAGCGCGAGAAGUGGGCUGACGGAGAUCGAGGAGGAGCCGGCGGUGGCAGAGGAGGCGGCGGAAGAUGUUAAGGUGUACGUAGCACUGGGGAAGGAGGUGAAGGAAGGGAAGGCGAAUCUUCUUUGGGUUCUUGAGAAGACCUCCAGGGAGAAGAAGAUCGUUAUUCUCCAUGUCCAUCGACCAGCGCAAAAGAUUCCAAUGAUGGGAGCCUGGUUCCCUGUUAACCAGCUAAAAGAACGUGAGGUCGAAGCAUAUUGGCAGCUUGAGAGGGAGAAAAUGAACAAAAGUUUAGAUGAAUACCUGGACAUAUGUGCAUGUUUCAAGGUACAAGCUGAGAAACUGGUGUUUGAGACAGAUGAUGUUAGCAAAGGGCUGGUGGAGCUCAUAGCGCAGCAUGGGAUCACCAAACUGGUCAUGGGAGCAGCAGCAGACAAACAUUAUUCAAGGAAGAUGAAGGAGCUGAGGUCCAAGACAGCGCUCAGUGUGCAGCAGCAGGCUGAUCCAUCAUGCAAGAUUUGGUUUGUUUGCAGAGGGAACCUGAUCUACAUGAGGGAUGCUGAUCAAGAUGGAUCUGGAAUGGUGCAGUCACCAACAGCCAGCUCAAGUUCCAUGUCCAGCCAAUCUGAACAACUGAGAUCGGAAUCCUUACCUCAAGGGCAGUCCGAGUUAUGGAACUUGCUUGCCAACCCUAGGCACAAAGAUUUCAGGCAUAGAUCAAGAUCUGUCGAUUUCAAUUCACAUGGAGGGGCAAUGUCCACAGCUUUACCUCAUGAGGGCCUCACUAGUCCAGGUAGCAGUAAGCCGAGUGUUACUGAUCCCUGGGAGGGGAUCACAAGGAGCUUACAGUGUUCAGACCGUUCAUUGUGUUCUGUGAGUGAAGAAGGGCUCAGCAGUGUGGGAUUGACACCAGCUCUUAAGGACGAGGGGAGAGAAGAGGGAUCUUUGAGUUUACCAUCAGUUUAUGAGUCUGAGGAUCUUCAGUUUUCAUCUUUACAUCAUGGUUUGGAUGAUGUUGGGACACAUGACGAAGCAUAUGAAAAACUGCAGCUUGCCCUCAUGGAAGCAGAGAAUUUGAAAUGUGAAGCUUAUGAAGAGUAUUGGAAGCGUCAGAAAGCUGAAAGAGAUUUAUUUGAGGCUACCCGAAGAGUCAAAGCAGCAGAGAAUUUAUACACCAAAGAGAUGAAAGAGAGGAAAAAAAUUGAGGAAACAUUGGCCAGAGAAAGGAUGGAAUUGGAGAAGCUCAAAAAACAACGAGAUGAUAUCUUUGAAGAACUCAAAAAGGCUUGUGAGAAGAGAGUGGCAUUGGAAAUCCAAAUUACUGAUUCUGAUUGCACUGUCAAGAAUUUUGAAGAAAAACUAUCAGAAACCCAUGAUCUCCUCAAUUUACUCCGACUAGAACAUGAAAAGUUGCGGAGUGAGCGAGAUAAUACAGUUAGAGAAGUUGAAACGCAGCAUCAAACGAAAGCAGAGAUGACUAGUAGCACUCAUGGAACAACAAACUUCUCAGAGUUCUCUUACGCGGAAUUGAAACAAGCAACUCUUGACUUUGAUGAUUCGUUAAAGAUUGGAGAAGGCGGAUAUGGAAGUGUAUAUAACGGUUUCCUUCGCCACACAACAGUGGCUAUAAAGAUGUUGAAUCCUCAAAGCAUGCAAGGACAGUCAGAAUUUCAUCAAGAGGUGGCUGUUCUGGGUAGAGUGAGGCAUCCAAAUCUUGUCACCCUCAUAGGAGCAUGCCCAGAAGCCGGGGCUCUCAUUUAUGAGUUUCUUCCAAAUGGAAGCUUGGAAGACCGCCUGAUUUGCAGAGACAACACCCCGGCUCUCUCUUGGCAGAUUCGUACCCGCAUUACUGCAGAGAUCUGCUCUGCGCUGAUCUUCCUCCACUCCAACAAACCCCGCGGUGUGGUCCAUGGUGAUCUCAAGCCAGCCAACAUUCUCCUUGAUGCAAACUUCACUAGCAAGCUUGGUGAUUUUGGCAUCUGCCGCUUCCUUGUCCAGUCCAACACCAGCACCACCCUCUACUGCCACACCCAUCCUAAGGGCACCUUUGCCUACAUGGACCCCGAAUUUCUUACCUCUGGCGAGCUCACACCACACUCUGAUGUGUAUUCCUUUGGCGUCAUAAUCCUACGCCUUUUGACAGGAAGACCAGCAUUGGGUGUUAUCAAUAAGGUGCGGGAGGCAUUGGGAAAAGGAUGCUUGGAUGAGAUACUCGAUGCUUCUGCAGGGGGCUGGCCUUAUGCGCAGGCCAAGCAGUUGGCUCAUCUAGGUUUGAAAUGCUGUGAGGCUAAAAGAAAGAGACGUCCGGAUCUCACAGGGGAGGCUUGGAAGGUGCUUGAGCCCAUGAUGAAGGCUGUCUCUUCCAAGGGGCUGUCUUGUUUAUCGCUGAGGUCAGCUUUAGAGGACAAUAACUGCAUCCCAUCCUUCUUUAUCUGCCCAAUAUCUCAGGAGAUCUUGAAGGAUCCACACGUUGCAGCAGAUGGCUUCUCAUAUGAGGCUGAGGCAAUAAAAGGUUGGCUUGAUAGCGGUCAUGAGACAUCACCCAUGACCAACCUCAAGCUUCCUCACCGCGGACUUGUUCCCAAUCGUGCCCUUCGUUCUGUGAUUCAACAAUGGUUGCAGCAGUGAAAUGAUUUCCAUUUCACUUACUUUGGUUGCAUAACCAACCAUACUUGUUCGCACCCCACUCCACAUCAGAGAGGUCCUAAGCUCUUCGGUCAUGUUUUUUGGUGAUAUAAUUGGUGCUCACAAGCAUCUUUUUUUUCCCCAUCUGUUUGUCGAAAACAUUUUUUAGUGAAAGUAGAGAGGGUUGCAUGUUGUUGUCUAUAUAUUGAAAAGAUAUGGGAUGAGUUUAUUUCGCGUUUCAGGUUCAUAAAAUAGUUCUUUCUUUUUUGUGAGAAAAAAUAGUUCUUUUUUUUUCCUUGUACGCUUCCAUAUAAACUGCAAUAGAUUCUCUUCUCUGAAAAUAUGUCUAUUAUUUGUGAUA